AUGGCAGCAGCUGAAACAGUAGUAUUACGCAUGAACGAACCUGAACCUGAUUCGGGUACUCAAUUAGAGGGUAGUGAAAAUGCUUCUUCUGGUAGCAACGAAGAAGCAAACGGCGAGACAUCGCCUGUUGCUCAUGCCCUGAACUCAAAUUACGACUCUAGUGAUGGCGCCAUUCCUGUUAAUAGUAACAAGGUACAUAGAUGUGAUAAAUGUGAAAAUUAUGAGACUUUGUCCCGUGCUGCUCUUAUUGCUCACAUGGCUCGUUGCAGCCUCACAAAUAACAAUGAUGGUGAUAAUACAGAAACUACAAAAAGAUUGGAUAGGAAAUUAUUUGAAUGCGACGUUUGCAACAUGAAAUUUUCAAACGGUGCAAACAUGAGACGGCACAAAAUGAGACAUACGGGUGUCAAACCUUACGAAUGUAGAGUUUGUCAAAAAAGAUUUUUUAGAAAAGAUCAUUUAGCCGAACAUUUUACUACUCAUACAAAAACAUUACCCUAUCACUGUCCAAUAUGUAAUAGAGGUUUUCAAAGACAAAUAGCCAUGAGAGCUCAUUUUCAAAAUGAGCAUGUUGGUCAUCAUGAUAUGAUCAAAAGUUGUCCUCUUUGUUCGUUCAGAGCUGGUACGAUGAAGAGUCUUCGCGUCCAUGUUUUUAACAGACAUGGUAUAGAUUUAGACAAUCCUGGAAAUGGGCCUCCGGCAAUGAUACCGUUAAAUGUUGAACCAAACCAGUCUGUCACUGGUACAUUUAGCGAUUCAGGAGAUUCGCAAGGUGCUAGAAGUGCCGAUAACGCUACCCCACCAAUGCACUUUUUGACUCCGCAUGUUGAAAUCUCCAUGACAGAUACAUCUCCGUAUUCUCCUGUAGGUCCCGAUCAAGGUAAUGCCGAACAACCUAAUGGAGAUUUGUCGAGUUCUCCAAAUUCGGGGGAUUCAAAUAUACCUACCUCGAGUUUAAACACUGCGGAAAAUAACGAUAAGAACAAUAAUAAUAAUAAUUCGCCUGAAGAAUCCCCGAGCAGUCCUUCGGUGGUACCACUUCCGUUACAGUCACUUAGCGUAAUGCCUUCCCUUAGUGUGAUUCCGAUUGUGAAACAAGAGAAAACCGAUGGAGAUGAAACAUUCCCGGAAAAGAAAAAUUCUAGAAUAACAAACGGUCCUGUUAAUUUAACUAAAAGUACGUCUCCUUCACCUCAAACAAAUCAAACGACGGCCACGAAUCAAGCUUCUCUAAUUAAGGUAUCACCAUUGAAAUCCCUUCUGCGAGAUGAUCUGAAAAGAAAACUUUCUUCACGAGCAAAUAUACGAGUUCGUCCAUCAUUGGCAACAAUCAGUCCCAGUUCGAACAACGCAAACGGAAAUGGGGAUUCCUCUCCGAUCAAUUUCAACAAUUUGAAUUUACCCGCUCAAAUAUCGCAGCAAUUGCAAAAUCUUCAAAAUUUAGGGAACAGCGUGAACGCUUUGAGUUCCAACGAGGAAGCAAGAAAAGAUUUUCAGAGGCACAUGCUCAGUUUGCAAAAUUUACAAUGCGUUUUUUGCGGCAUAUUAUUUCCGGAUCAAACUUUGUAUUUUCUACACAAAGGAUGUCACUGCGAAAGCAAUCCGUGGAAGUGCAACAUUUGCGGAGAACAAUGCGGAAACGUAUAUCAAUUUAAUUCUCAUCUUCUGAGCAAUACUCACCAUUAUUAUAAAGCAACGAGUAUCGCAAAAAAUGAGGCCUUUCGAAUACGUUUGAAAACGAAAUCAAUUCGUGACUUGACAAUUAAUCGAAAAGAAAAUUUGGAAAAACUAUAG